UCUGGACCGGUCCAUCUGUGCAGGCCGAAAGUCUGUGGACGGGACUGGACUCGACCAAAGACAGAAUAGGGGGAUGGAGGCAGAAUAGAUUACCUAAAUCCGAUAGUUUGUUUUUGCAAAUCUCUCCAAUUCUCUGAAGACGGACAUGGUGAAAGUUUCUGGUGCAAAGCGAAAGUGUAUUUCCCCGACCCUUGAAAGCGGGCCUGAGACCCGGUAAUCGAUCUUGAUUUCCCUUUCCCGAUGAAAAGUUAUUUUUUUUAUUUCUCCCUUGGUUUCCGAUUUGACUUUUUUUGUGUAGAUCGUCUUCUCCCCUGCGUUCCGCUCUUGUGAAGUUAUCAUCUUGUUUCUAUUUCAUACCUAACAUUGAAAUUAUGUUUGAUUUUGCACAAAACACCUAUGUUCGAUGAUAGGGCUAGGGUUUUAUUUCAUCGAAAUUGAAAUUCCUUUUUGUUCAGAAUAAUACAUUCUCUGUACUAACACUUUAUUCAUACAUUGAAAAAUGAAUUCAUCCAUUUUUCAAUGUAUCAAGAAACUAUUAAUAGACGGUUGAUAUAGAAUCGAGGGAGUACUCCGUAUAUAAAUAUAGCCUUGUGUCCUUUUUUCUGUGACCAGCAAUUUAUCAGACGAAGAAGAAAAGGAGCUUCUGGAGGGGUUACUACAUCCCCAGACCAAAGUUACCGAUGAAGAUAAAAAAAUGUACAUGUCACGUCUACGUCCAGGUCUACAUCCUCCACCGGAUUGAUGUGGAGCCCCCUGUAUUGAAGAAGAAGCCUAAGCGUAAACGUGUUGUUCAAACAUACCUCGAAGACGAAAACGAGUUUGUUCUUGAUCCAAUUCUUGAUCGUGUGCCACUUGUUGAACCUGAGUACCUUGAAGACGAAAACGAGUAGACGUCUCUAAAUCAUUGGGUGUGUGAGUGUGUAAUGCUUAAGCUGAUGUUGUCUAAAUACGGAGAUGGAUCUUUGUUUUGGUGACCAGGAAAAAUGACCCAAACCCUUGGGAGAAGACGAGCGGGUUCACCCAAGAAGAACUACUACACAGGAACCAGCACUUGCAAUGGGCAUUGGCUGCCCUUGCUCGCUACAACAGGAGACAUGUACCAAGCAUGACCAUUUGCAAAACUUUGUCUUUUUAAAUUGUGUUGUCUUCUAUGUCUUUUUUUUCCUUCUUAUAUCGCCCACUUAGCGAAGUAGGUAUUUUUAUUUGCUCUUGCAGUCUACUAGUUAUAAGCUUGUGGAUGUCAUCAACUGCAACGGGUUUCUUCUUCCUCGGUACAAGAUAUGGAUUCAUUGUGCUUUUGAAGCUGCAAGCGAAACCUCUUCUGUUCCAGAGCUCUUUUUUGCUGAAUUUUACAUUAACGGGAUUCAGAAGUAUCACUUUCAGAGUGUUACUCGUAUUACCCAUCGCAUCAAGACUACAUGCGAUGACUGCGAAUAUUGCAAAGGGAAGGGCAUUCCUCAUGCGGUCAACAAAUUCACCCAAGGGCAGAAGUACUAUGACGGGCCUACUUUGCGCCAAAGGUGGCUUACUUAAAAAGUUAUGUUGCUCUGGUCUCAUUCAUGUCUGGGGAAGCAAUGUCGUGUCGUGUUAAUUAUUACUUGUGCCUUUUUUCUUUUUGCAUCUCCGUUGGUGAAGGUAUGUAUUACUGUGUGCAAGCAUGUAUUGACUUUGAAUGCCCAUGGGUUUAACCAGUAUUUUUCCUAUUGGAGUAUUUCAAAAUUUCAAUUGUCAGAACACCUUAUCUAUCACUUU